GUCUAUUUUUCAUAUGUCUAUGCUUUUUACGCGGUUUCGUUUCUUAAAGAUCCAUCGUCAAUUGUCUAUACAUAAUAUUUUGUUUUUAACAUAAUAAAAUCGAACAUAAUGGCAGAUGAGGACGUAAACGGAGACUCAGACGAGGUGCAACAAGAGAAGUCGCAAAAGAAGACCGCCAAGUACGAUAGCGGAGCCGCGGACCUCGAGAAAGUCACCGACUAUGCCGAGGAGAAAGAGAUCACGUCGUCCGAAGGCUUGUCUAGUGCAAUGAGCAUAAUUGGAGACAGGCGGAAUAAAGAAGUUGAAGAAAAAAAAGCAAAAGAGAAAGAACUGUUGAAAGUUUCUAUUAACAAGGAAGACGUUGAUCUAAUAAUGAAAGAGAUGGAAAUCAACAGAAAUCUUGCAGAACAAACUUUGAGGGAACACAGAGGAAAUGUUGUGGAAGCACUAGUUACUCUAACCAGUUGAGAAUCUAGAGAACUUUAUUUGAGCGAUUUGAAUAAGUGGCUGAAAGUGAUUAACUGUGAGAGAUUGACCAAUCAAAUUUUUCAUUAUUUAUUACCAUAAAAGAAAUAUUCAUCCAAAGAAGAAUAAAGUGACUGUUAAAUUUUUUUUUUUUUUUUAUGUAUUUUAGUUGUUGAUCAUUUUUUAAUAUCUCUAAAACUCUUAUCCUUAAGGUGGCUGUUGGAAAAAGGGUAAAUAAUCAUCACAUUGUUUAUAAUGAAAAUGUAAUUUAUUUGAUGUGGUGCAGCGACUUAAAAUAAUUGAAAAAUGAAUGUAUGAGCUGGUAUCGAUGAGCAGUACUUUGCCUUAAGGACUGCCUCUGUUGUCAUUAUUAAGAAAAAUAAAAAAAAAAUCAUCCAAGUUAAAUGCAACAUAAAUAUGGAAGUGCGUUGAGAAACAAAACAUCGGCAAUCCAUAGUACAUUUGUACUGAUUUCCAUGAUAAGGUAACAUACUUGCACUUAGUUUAUCAAAUUUUUCCUGUUAUACGCUCAUAUACUUUUGCUGUUGAUCUUUGACAAUAGACAAUAACUUUUAAAUGGUAUUUACCAUUUAAGAAAAUCGUUGAUAUAAAUUUUUAUUUUACUCAUCCGUUAUCAGUCGGACAGUCCCAAAUUCAGUGCAUGGAUUAAUAAAAAUUUGAAUUUCAA